UAAUUUGCUGGCUAACUCCUUUAAUUGUAACUGCCACUUGGCCUGGCUGGGAAAAUGGUUGAGGAAGAAGAGAAUUGUCAGUGGAAAUCCACGCUGCUUGAAACCCUUUUUCUUAAAGGAUAUUCCAAUCCAAGAUGUAGAUGUCCAGGACUUCACCUGCGAUGGUAAUGAUGAAAGCAGCUGCUUGCUUUCACCUCCUUGUCCUUCCCAGUGUACCUGCGUGGACUCGGUAGUACGUUGCAGCAACAAAGGGCUGCGGAUAUUGCCCAAAGGAAUUCCCAAAGACGUGACUGAGCUAUACUUGGAAGGAAACCAUCUGACUGCUGUGCCGAAGGGGCUCUCCACCUUCAGACACCUGACACUGAUUGAUUUGAGCAACAACAGCAUAAGCGUAUUGGCCAAUUACACCUUCAGCAACAUGACUCAGUUAUCAACACUCAUCUUGAGUUAUAAUAGACUUCGGUGCAUUCCAGUCCACGCGUUCAAUGGGCUCAGGUCUCUCCGAGUGCUGACACUCCAUGGAAACGAUAUUUCCAGUGUUCCCGAAGGUUCUUUCAAUGACCUGGUAUCCCUGUCCCAUCUGGCUCUAGGUACCAACCCUCUGCACUGUGAUUGCAACCUCCGCUGGCUUUCCGAGUGGGUGAAGGCAGGGUACAAGGAGCCCGGGAUAGCCCGCUGCAGCGGGCCUGACGCCAUGGUGGACAGGCUGCUGCUCACAACACCGACUCACCACUUCCAGUGCAAGGAGCCAGUAGAUAUCAGUGUUGUGUCCAAGUGUAACCCCUGCCUCUCCAAUCCAUGUAAGAACAAUGGGACAUGCAACAAUGAUCCAGUGGAGUUUUAUCAAUGCACUUGCCCUUUUGGCUUCAAGGGUCGAGACUGCAGUGUGCCCAUUAAUUCCUGCAUUCAAAAUCCAUGUCAGAAUGGAGGAACCUGCCACCUCACUGAGGCAAAUAAAGAUGGAUUCAGCUGUUCGUGUCUCCUUGGGUAUGAGGGGGAGCGGUGUGAAAUAAACCCAGAUGACUGCGAAGAUAACGACUGCGAGAAUAACUCUACAUGUGUGGAUGGGAUCAACAACUAUGUCUGUCUCUGCCCUCCUAAUUACACAGGUGAACUGUGUGAUGAGGUGAUUAACCACUGUGUUCCUGAUCUAAAUCCAUGCCAACAUGAGUCCAAAUGCCUUCCCCUUGACAAAGGAACCAGAUGCGAGUGCUUGCCAGGUUACAGUGGAAAACACUGUGAAAUAGAUGAUGAUGACUGCGUGGGCCAUAAGUGUCGCCAUGGAGCUGUCUGCGUAGAUGCAGUCAAUGGCUACACCUGCGUCUGUCCUCAGGGUUUCAGCGGACUUUUCUGUGAAACUCCUCCGCCGAUGGUUCUGCUCCAGACGAGCCCAUGUGAUAACUACGAGUGCCAGAACGGGGCCCAGUGCAUCGUCGCGCACAGUGAGCCCGUCUGUCGCUGCCUCGCUGGCUUUGCUGGGCAGAAGUGCGAGAAGCUCAUCACAGUCAACUUUGUUGGGAAGGAUUCCUAUGUGGAGCUGCCAUCAGCCAAAAUUCGCCCUCAAGCAAACAUCUCCCUCCAGGUAGCAACGGACAAGGACAAUGGCAUCUUAUUAUACAAAGGAGACAACGAUCCUUUGGCUCUGGAGUUGUACCAAGGACACGUGAGGCUCAUCUACGACACCCUGAAUUCGCCACCUACCACAGUGUACAG